GUAAAGGCACAUCAUCAGCCGGCCGAGAAGCCCCCGCCACUACCAGGCAAACCUGCACGGGAGCUAGCAUACCCAAAGGUGCCCGUCCCGCCCCAGUCUAAACCGGAUCACGGCCACCAUGCUGGGCGCCCGCGGCCGGGCUCGGGCGGUACCGAACUGUCAGUUACAGACUCUUCGGCAGUUUCUUGGAACUCGCAGGCUGUCGACGACGAUGCACGACGGCGUGAGAAGAAAGAGCGCAAGUCGAAGAAGCAUCGUCACUACCCGGCAGAGCACGAGGUGCGUGAUGUUCGGCAUGGUAAAAAGGAUGAUGGAGCUCUGGCCAAGCCGUUCAAUUGGGCCGAUGAGGUCGUCAAGGCUUCCAUGGACCCGCAGAAUCAGUGGGACUUUCCGAGCAACAAGGGUGGUGGCGGUGGUGGCUAUGCCGAGGCUCCCCAGCGAGCCGCCUGGGAGCAGCCUCGAGCUCGGGGCCCAGAAGUCGCUUCUCGCGCCCGGGAGCGCGCUGAGGAGGUACAGCGCUGGGAAAGGCAGCACGAGUCACACAACCAGCAGUACAUCUUCGGAUCGCCACGGGGGUUCUGA